CAUGAAACGGGGUGUAGCAUUCACUGGACUUGUCGUUGCCACUCGAAUUUGCACGGUUUGACUCGACUCACACAACGACACGUGGACGCAUCGCGUGUUAUCAGUUUCCUCUAUUGACGCUGCUCUUGGUUCUGUACCCCGACGAUUGGCGAGCGCGGGGCCUUGCGAAAGCCUGCGCAAGAAGAACCAGACGCGCGGAAAUCAUCGCAAGUAGACGCCGCGCCACCACGGUAAGUAAACGCGCAAAUCAAGGCCUAGAUAUCGAUUCCAUGCUGUCGCUGACUUCUGAGAUCAGUACAAUUCAACCACGACGCGAAGAUCAGUCGGAUGCACACAACCAUCUAAAGGUACCCCAGCGCAAAAAUGACCGAAUCGUACAUCGGUGUCAACAACACCCUGCUCGUCAGUAUGGCGUACCCAUCCCGAUACAAUCUACUAUCCCUCAAUCAGGAUAUCCUCGAGGAAUUUGUAUCGUUCCUAGCAUCCCCAGAUGCCCUCCGUCUGUCGAUGACAGCGCACGGUCUGCGCGCGAUCGCCAAGCGUCGCGCGCUCGCAGACAUCAGGCUGCGCUCGACGGAGCGCGCGACGCUCUUCUGCAAGUACAUGCUCGCAGACAUUCCCGAUCGCCUCCGAUGGCUACGCCGACUCGAAAUCCACCUCGGCACCUUCUACGAAGAGCGCAUCUCCCUCGCCAUCCCGGGGCUCGUGCGUGUGCUGGCCCACGCGCCCGCGCUCAAGUCGCUCACCUUCGACGACGCGGAGGUCAUGCUCGAGUCCGGCAUCCUCGCAGCGGCCGUACGGAUGCUGACCACGCUCGAGGAGCUCAACCUCCGCAAGUACGGGCUGCUAGCGGUGUCCACCGUGCGCCGCCUGAGCAGCAACCUGCGCAAGCUCAGCCUCACAGGCAUGCUGCAUCCACGGCGCCAUGUCAUCCUCGCCACGCUCUUGUGCCCGGCGCCGGAGCAUCUCACCGACGACGAUCAAGCCGAUGUCCGCUGGAAGUCGAUAACGGAGCUGGAGCUAGACAUUGCCUGUCCGAUCAACUCUAUACCCCACCAGGCGAUCAUCGAGAGCUUCCCGAGCGUCCAGCGCUUCGACUUUAGCGUCACAGACGUGCAGGCGAACGACGAGAAACCCGAGCGUCCUCCCGGCGUCCGGGUGGGCUGGCCACACCUGGACUGGCUGGCUGGAACGCCUGUGUCGCUGGGCGGUCUAACAGGGCCCGUGAAGGGCCUCCGCUUGACGGAGGAGCGUCAAGGCAUCCUUCAUGAACACGGCGGCGUGGUCGUCAGGCAUCUCGACCCAGUGAUGCUGUCCGUCACGAUCCCUCCCGAACCGGAUGCUCGGGUGUGGAAGAAGUUGGUCGAGCGGUCACACCGAUUGCGAUACCUGCGUAUCGAGCUGUCGAAUGCCGGAGAGCGCGUGGCAGAGCUAACGAAUGGAGGGCACAUGUCCCUAAUGCUCUAGGCGACCUAGACAUCGUGUGCAUGAGCGUCGACAUCACCGAUCUCCACGGAGGGGUCGUCUUUGCGCCUAUCGCGGAAGCGGUCGCACUCGAACUGGCGAAGCCCAUCGACUCUCUGCGAUACGUCUGCGUCCGCACAGGGUCGGGCUCCGCCGACUGUGAAUGGCACGGCAAGGUCUCUUGGUGGAGAGCCAUGGGGUCCAGCGAGGAGCGUUGGGUGAAGCGCGUCACCGUCGGCCUUGGCACGUACAUU